AUGGCGCUUGAAGACUGUGCCUUCACCUCGCGGCCGGAGUCCCUCUCUCUGCCCGUGGUGGAGAAAGGGGAGGGACUAGUGGAAGAGGUUACCGAGGUGACGGCCUCCAUCGGAGUGUUUGAUGUGUCUGAGGAUCUGGGCCAUGUGGUUACCACGGAUACCGCCCAGCCUAGCGUUAACAGAUCGUGGAAGUCCAAGUUGGCAGAGAGGCAGGCCAAUGCAGCAUCUGAGGAGUACGUUAAGAAGCUGCCCCGGGUGGUGGAGAAGGAGAGGGGUAGAUUUGGCUGGGGUGAGUAGUAGUGCUGUUGCCUUUAUCGGUGUCCUAAAUUGGCACCCUAUUGGCAUCGCAUAGAGCUCUGGUAAAAAGUAGUGCACUAUGUAGUGAAUAAGGUUCCAUUUGGGACGGACACUUUCUCUCCCAGGACUGUUCUUUUCUGCCCUAAGACAUUGUUGGCGCCACGAGAGUGAAUCUAUCUAGAACGAGAGGUUACUAAGCGACCGUCUGACAGUGUUCGGUGACCAAUGUAAGGUUUUGUGUUUGGCUUUAAAUGAUUUCCACUGACAGACAGGCUUAUUCCCAGAUGGCACCCUAUUCCCUAUAUAUUAGGGAGCCAUUUGGGACGCAACCACUGUGUUCUCUCUGGCUCUCAACAUUCUGCAGAAAGGAGGUUAUUGACUGCAUCUUCUCUCUCCCUCCUCCUCCUCUACCUCUACCCCCCCUUCUCCUCCACGUCUACCCCCCCCUCCUCCCCCUCCUCCGCCACCUCUACCCCCCCCACCUCUAUCCCCCUUCUCCUCCACCUCUACCCCCCCUUCUCCUCCACGUCUACCUCCACCUCCUCCACCUCUACCCCCCCUUCUCCUCCACGUCUACCCCCCUUCUCCUCCACGUCUACCCCCCUUCUCCUCCACGUCUACCCCCCCUCCUCCUCCACCUCUACCCCCCCCCUCCACCUCUACCCCCCCUUCUCCUCCACCUCUACCCCCCCCCUCCACCUCUACCCCCCCUUCUCCUCCACCUCUACCCCCCCCUCCUCCUCCACCUCUACCCCCCUUCUCCUCCACCUCUACCCCCCUUCUCCUCCACGUCUACCCCCCUCCUCCUCACUCUACCCUCCCCCCCCCCCCUUCUCCUCCACGUCUACCCCCCCUCCUCCACCUCUACCCCCCCCUCCUCCUCCACCUCUACCCCCCCCUCCUCCUCCACGUCUACCCCCCCUCCUCCUCCACGUCUACCCCCCUUCUCCUCCACCUCUACCCCCCCUUCUCCUCCACCUCUACCCCCCCCCCUCCUCCUCCACCUCUACCCCCUUCUCCUCCACGUCUACCCCCCCUCCUCCACCUCCUCCACCUCUACCCCCCCUUCUCCUCCACGUCUACCCCCCUUCUCCUCCACGUCUACCCCCCUCCUCCUCCACCUCUACUCCCCCCUCCUCCUCCACCUCUACCCCCCCCCCCCUCCACCUCUACCCCCCCUUCCCUCCUCCACGUCUACCCCCCCUCCACCUCUACCCCCCACCUCUACCCCCCUUCUCCUCCACGUCUACCCUCCCUCCUCCUCCACCUCUACCCCCACUUCUCCUCCACGUCUACCCCCCCUUCUCCUCCACGUCUACCCCCCCCCCCGUGUAAAUGCCUGUUCCUCAGUGAUUUGGACAUCACCCCCAACCCCUGUCUUCCUAUUGCUCAUUCCCUUAGUCCCAUAUUUCUACUGCCGAUAUGUCACUGUAGUGUUUCCCUGUCUCACUCUUUCUUUCUCUCUCUCUCUCUCUCUCUCUCUCUCGCUCUCUCUCUCGCUCUCUCUCUCUCUCUCUCUCCCCUCCCUCCCUCCCUGGCCUGGUUUCCUGCCUGCAGCCAAGAGACGUAAGACGCAGCGCUAUGUGGAGAAGAAUGGCCGCUGUAACGUUUCACAUGGUAACAUGAGGGAGACAUACCGUUAUCUGACAGAUAUCUUCACCACGCUGGUGGACCUCAACUGGCGCUGCUCACUCUUCGUCUUUGUCAUGGCCUACGCCAUCACCUGGCUCUUCUUCGGGGCCAUCUGGUACCUGAUAGCCUACCUCCGGUGAGCGAGACAGACAGACAGACAGACAGACAGACAGACAGACAGCAGGCAAGGGGACACUUGGGAUUGUCCCAAAUGACACCCUAUUCCCUAUUAUCCGCUCAGUCCCACAGUACUACUUUCAUUAAUAUAGUCACACUUUUUAGGAUGCUUCCCAAAUGGCACCCUAUUCUCUAUACACCCUAGUCUCCUAUGGGCCCUGGUUAAAAGUAGUGCACUAUAUAGGGAAUAGGAUGGCAUUUCAGAUGCAUCCAUGGUAUCACUGUCAGAGAGAAUCACUCUAGAUCAGGGUUUCCCAAACUCGGUCCUGGGGUCCUCCCUGGGUGCACGUUUUGUUUUUUUCCCUAGCACUACACAGCUGAUUCAAAUAACCAACUCAUCAAGUUUUGAUUAUUUGAAUUAGCUGUAUAGUGCUAGGGCAAAAACCAAAACGUGCACCCAGGGGUGGCCCAAGGACCGAGUUUGGGAAACCUUUCUCUAGAUGAUGCAAUUUCUUCUCUGUAGAGCAAGUAUAUUAGUAAAUGGAUAGUUUUUCACAACCUAUAUUGUUGUUGCCUCUUUGCUCCUCUCUCUGUCUCUGUCUCUGUCUCUGUCUCUGUCUCUCUCUCCUCUCUCUGUCUCUCUCUCUCUCUCUUUCCACUCCUUCUCUCUCUCCACUCCCCCUCCCUCUCUCUCUCUACUCCCCCCCCCCCUCUCUCUCUCUCUCUCUCUCCACUCCCUCUCUCUCUCCACUCCCUCUCUCUCUCCACUCCCUCUCUCUCUCCACUCCCUCUCUCCUCCCUUCUGUACUUUCUCUCUCUCCACUGCUCCCUUCUCCCCCUGUUAUUAUUUAUUUAACCUUUAUUUUAGCAGAGUCCCAUUGAGACCAAAGUCUCUUUUUACAAGGGAGCCCUGCAUAUACACAAUUUACAAAAACAACAUAAUACAAAAUGUUGUUUCUCCCCUCCCAGAGGGGAUCUAGAUCAUCUGGAAGAUGAGACAUGGACACCGUGCGUCAACAACGUGAACGGCUUCAUCUCUGCCUUCCUCUUCUCUAUCGAGACAGAGACCACCAUUGGUUACGGCCACCGUGUCAUCACUGACCAGUGUCCAGUGGGCACCAUGCUGCUCCUACUCCAGGCCAUACUGGGAUCUAUGGUCAAUGCCUUCAUGGUGAGACUCAUGGCCUGCGACCCUAAUGGCUCCCUAUUCCCUAUGUAGUGCACUACUUUUGACCAGGGCCAUAGUGUUCUGGUCAAAGUAGUGCACUAUAUGCGGAAUAGGGUGCCAUUUGAGAUGCAGGCCGUACAGUCCCUACUGUAUUUUUACUGUACAUGAUGAUCAUGAUAAACGGCAUACUAGAUUAUUCUAAUAUCAAAUCUAUGAGAUGUCAGUACUAGCUCUACACUCUACACAAUCUCCAUUUACCCUAAGGAUAUAUUCUGACACUAUUAUAAUUGCAUAUGUUUUUCUCCAUCAUACAAAUUGUUUGAAGAACUUGUGUCAUCAUAUCAAAAAGCUCUGCCCCUUAAAAAUGACGAUAGCCCUUCUGUCCCCUUCUCCGUCUGUGCCUUUUGGAGCGUUUGGGAUGAAGUGGAACUCAAAUUUCCGUUGGUCCUUUGUGUUUGGACAUUGGACAAUGAAGUGAUCUUCUUCUCCUCAGGUGGGCUGUAUGUUUGUGAAGAUCUCUCAGCCCAAUAAGCGUGCAGAGACCCUGGUGUUUUCUAAGAAUGCAGUGAUCUCUCUGAGAGACGACAGACUGUGUCUGAUGUUCCGGGUGGGAGACCUGCGCAGCUCGCACAUUGUAGGAGCCAACAUGAGGGCCAAACUCAUCAAGUCUAAACAGACUCAGGAAGGUGAGGCUAAUAUACCAUCAAUCGCCAUACAAGGACUGCAUUCCAAAUGGCACCCUAUUCCCUAUAAAGUGCACUACUUUUGACCAGAGUAUGGGCUUUGGUCAAAAGUAGUGCACUAUAUAGGGAAUAGGGUGCCAUUUGGGAUGCAGGCAAGAACAUUCCACAUAUGUUAUUUUCUACUAUGGAAGCGAUAUACACUGAGUGUACAAAACAUUAAGGACAUCUGCUCUUUCCAUGACAUAGACCGACCCCCAGGUGAAUCCAGGUGAAAGCCAGGUGCAUUCGGAAUGUAUUCAGACCCCUUCCCUUUUUCCACAUUUUGUUAGGUUACAGCCUUAUUCUAAAAUGGAUUAAAUUGUUUUCCCCCCCUCAUCAAUAUACACACAAUACCCCAUAAUGACAAAGCAAAAGCAGGUUUUUAGAAAUUUUUGCAAAUGUAUUUUAAAAAGAAAACCUGAAAUAUGACAUUUACAUAAGUAUUCAGACCCUUUACUCAGUACUUUGUUGAAUCACCUUUGGCAGCGAUUACAGCCUUGAGUCUUCUUGGGUAUGACGCUACAAGCUUGGCACACCUGUAUGUACUCCCGAGUGGCGCAGUGGUCUAAGGCACUGCAUCGCAGUGCUAGCUGUGCCACUAGAGAUCCUGGUUAGAAUCCAGGCUCUGUCGUAGCUGGCCGCGACCGGGAGUCCCAUGGGGCGGCGCACAAUUGGCCCAGCGUCGUCCAGGGUAGGGGAGGGAAUGGCCGGCAGGGAUGUAGCUCAGUUGGUAGAGCAUGGCGUUUGCAAUGCCAGGGUUGUGGGUUUGAUUCCCACGGGGGGCAAGUAUGAACAAAAUAAAAUAAUGUAUGCACUAACUGUAAGUCACUCUGGAUAAGAGCGUCUGCUAAAUGACUAAAAUGUAAAAUGUAAAUGUAAAUGUAUGUGAGGAGUUUCUCCCAUUCUUCUCUGCAGAGUCGCUGCACAGCUAUUUUCAGGUCUCUCCAGCGAUGUUCGAUUGGGUUCAAGUCCGGGCACUGGCUGGGCCACUCAAGGACAUUCAGAGACUUCUCCCGAAGCCACUCCUGCGUUGUCUUGGCUGUGUGCUUAGGGUCGUUAUCCUGUUGGAAAGUGAACCUUCGCCCCAUUCUGAGGUCCUGAGCACUCUGGAGCAGGUUUUCAUCAAGGAUCUCUCUGUACGUUGCUCCAUUCAUCUUUCCCUCUAUCCUGACUAGUCUCCCAGUCCCUGCUGCUGAAAAACAUCCUAACAGCAUGAUGCUGCCACCACCAUGCUUCACCGUAGGGAUGGGGCCAGGUUUCCUCCAGAUGUGACGCUUGGCAUUCAGGCCAAAGAGUUCAAUCUUGGUUUCACCAGACCAGAGAAUCUUGUUUCUCAUGAUCUGAGAGUCAGUUAGGUGCCUUUUGGCAAACUCCAAGCGGGCUGUCGUGUGCCUUUUACUGAGGAAUGGCUCUUCCGUCUGGCCGCUCUACCAUAAAGGCCUGAUUUGGUGGAGUGCUGCAGAGAUGGUUGUCCUUCUGGAAGGUUCUCCCAUCUCCACAGAGGAGCUCUGUCAGAGUGACCAUCGGGUUCUUGGUCACCUCCCUGACCAAGGCCCUUCUCCCCCGAUUGCUCAGUUUGGCCAGGCGGCCAGCUCUAGGAAGAGUCUUGGUGGUUCCAAACUUCUUCCAUUUAAGAAUGAUGGAGGCCACAUUCCUUCGACCUCAUGGCUUGGUUUUUGCUCUGACUCCAAUCAAGUUGUAGAAACAUCUCAAGAAUGAUCAAUGGAAACAGGAUGCACCUCAGUUCAAUUUUGAGUCUCAUAGCAAAGGGUCUGAAUACUGAUGUAAAUAAGUUAUUUCUGUAUUUUAUUUUUAAUAAAUUAGCUACAAUUUCUAAAAACCUGUUUUCGCUUUGACAUUAUGGGGUAUUGUGUGUAGGGAAUUGAUGAUGGGAAAAAAACUAAUUUAAUCCAUUUUAGAAUAAGGCUGUAAUGGAACAAAAUGUGGAGAAGGGGUCUGAAUACUUUCCAAAUGCACUGUAUGAGCCCAUAUUGAUGUCACUUGUUAAAUCCACUUAAAUCAGUGUAAAUGAAGGGGUGGAGACAGGUUAAAGAAGGAUUUUAUAAGCCUUGAGACAUGGAUUGUGUAUAUGUGCCAUUCAGAGGUUGAAUGGGCAAGACAAAAUAUUUAAGUGCCUUUGAAUGGGGUAUGGUAGUAGGUGCCAGGCGCACUGGUUUGUGUCAAGAAUUGCAACACUCCUGGGUUUUUCACGCUUCACAGUUUCCUGUGUGUAUCGAGAAUGGUCCACCACCCAAAGGACAUCCAGCCAACUUGACACAACUGUGGGAAGCAUUGAGUAUUGAAAACCGAUCUGACCUUAAUGGCCACAGGUACUCUUAAAUCUCUACCCGGUACACCCAGAAGAGGACUAGCCACCCCUCGGAGCCUGGUCCUUACUUUCUCCUAGCCACUGUGCUUCUGCAUCUGCAUUGCUUGCUCUCUGAGGUUUUAGGCUGGGGAUCUGUAAAGCACUUUGUGACAACUGCUGAUGUAAAAAGGGCUUUAUAGAUUUGAUGAUUGAUUGAGUAUUUUUUUUUGUCCAGGGCUGCAUUCCGUUCCAAAUUAUCAUCUUCCCUUCCUCCCUUCACUUGGAGUGAACACUCGGUGACGUAUGUAUAACGUUUCCCCGAGGGAGCCUUUCCCGAGCGAGGGGGAGUGGAGGAGGGAAGAGGUCGCAAGUAAAGUGGAUUGGGACGUCCCUCAGGACUAGGCUUAAUCUGUAUCCAGGAAACCGGCCCUCAAUGUUUUAUAACUCACUUCUCUCCCAUCCAUCUUUCUCCCCCUCUCCAGGUGAGUUUAUCCCUCUGGACCAGACAGACAUCAGUGUGGGUUUUGAGACUGGGGACGACCGUCUUUUCCUGGUGUCUCCACUGGUCAUCUCCCACGAGAUCGACUGCCGCUCACCCUUCUGGGACAUGUCUCAGGGCCAGCUGGAGAAGGACGACUUCGAGAUGGUGGUCAUCCUGGAGGGAAUGGUGGAGGCCACUGGUUAGUCCAGGCCUGUGUCCUAAAUGGCACCCUAUUCCCUUUAUAGUGUGUUACUUUUGAUCAGGACACGUAGGGUGCACUACAUAGGCAAUAGGGUGGUCAUCCUGGAGGCAAUGGUGGAGGCCACCUCAAUUUCCUUGGUCCCAAAUGGCAACUUAUUCAAAAACAAGUUUUUAAACCGCACACUACGAAAGACAGGCAACCGACUCUAGAUUAGUUUUAAUUUGCAGUGAAUCAACGACGCAUUUCACCUAGUUUCUUCAGGUUCCCAUAAGUCUCUGGUCAAAGUGGUGUGACCAGAAUAGGCCAAUUAUAGGAUCUCUAUGGGUGCACCAUGCCUUGGAAGUGGAAGUGGCUUCCUUGCCCACUGAGAAAAGAUGUGCUUAGUCAUCAUAGCAGCUGAAGGGGAGCUGCCAGGGGAGGUUAAUCUGUUCUUACAAAGUGUGUGUGUGUGUGUGUGUGUGUGUUGGUACCCCCAGGUAUGACGUGCCAGGCGCGGAGCUCUUACCUGGCAGACGAGGUCCAGUGGGGUCACAGGUUCAGUCCGAUGAUGUCACUGGCCGAAGGCUUCUUUGACAUCGACUAUGGCGCCUUCCAUCAAACCUUUGAGGUAAAAAAAAACACACACACACACACUCCAGAAAGAGGAAAGGCUUAAAGCAGCAGGGGUGCCGUGUUAGCUAUCACCUGCUGGGUGACGACGUCGAGCGGUGGCAAUUCAACAUGUGGAAAUGAACGGACUUUUCCAAGUUGUCUGAUACAGUAACUACCACCAAUACCCCUCUCUUCCGUAGGUGGACACUCCCUCCUGCUCAGCACACGAACUCUCAUUGGCUGCGGCCCGACUGGAGGCUCAUCUCUAUUGGUCGAUCUCCAGUAAAUUGGACGAAGAGAAAUGGGAGGGAUCUUCUCUGACCAACCAAUCAGGGAAGCAGCUAGACAAUGGGAAAGGAGGGGUCGUUGGCCCCGUUUCAUUUAUUGUUGGUGAGAUCACUGGUAUAGAAGAACAAACUGGACCAGGGGAGUUGAAUGGAAGUGUCACCACUGACCAAUCAGAAUCAGAGGCCUAAAGUAGAUUGGGGCCGAGUUCCAAAAUGGCACCCUAUCC